AUGAGUUCUACAGCAAAUACGGUCGUGUUCGACACCUACAGCGACUUCGUCAGUUAUCUUCAGGGAAGAAAAUGCCCAAUAUGCAACAUUAGCUUCAUCCAGAGCAGUAAAGACUCGGAAACAUUGUUCAAGAAUUGGCUGGGCGGAGCAGCAAUCGGCUCCCUAGUCAAGUGUAGCAAAUGCUCGAAAUCUACGUUCAUAGCAUGCUUCGACAAGGGUGGUCCGCCGAGAGAGACGUUGCUCAACGGUGGCCAGAACAAAGUGAGCUGGUGUUGUAGCCGCGGACGACUCUUCACCAUCUUUGUUAUGCUUUGCGGCUUUGACGAGAAGUAUUGUGAAGACAAGCGUAAUGAGGUCUCUGUUGGGAACCAGCGUCGAUCUGUCACUACCGGAAGCGGUGUCGGUUACACAAGCGCAGUACCAAUGCGUCAUGUCAUGUUCGACCGGGCUCAGGCAAGAGAUCCCAAGAAGACGACUGCCGAGACCGCUGAGAAGAGCUCAGAUCGAUUCGACCAGAUGAUAUUGUCUUUCCUGGCGGUCUUCUCUUUCGGUGUCCAGCCUCCGAGGGCAGUCGCAUCGAUGCUAGUCAACAGUAAGAUUCUAGCCAAGGCAGCGGAGUUGUUGAGGAACGAUAGUCUGGAAAAUGCGACGCAAAGAAAAUAUCUCUACAUGGCGUUGAUCAGCUUCUUGAAAAGAGUCGGGGUCCACGAAGUAUCGAAAAAGGAGGUGAUGUAUGAGGAGCGCGUCAGUCGACCGAAUACUGUUAAUUUGUUAUCUCUUUCUUUCGGGGGUUCACUUUCCGCCACUGAAGCGGAAAACACUGCGUCUCCGCUCGCGGAGUGUCUCGGAAAACUGAACAUCCAAAGUGACAUGAUGAUGCAGAACGCGCAACGACUUAAGCAUGAGUUUAAGGAUCAGCGUGGCCAGGACAUGUUGUGGUUAUGUCGAGAAAUCUCUGACUUGUCAUCCUACUUGAGGAUCGAGCAGUGGUGGACUCAGAACAAUAUUGCAAGUACCACCCAAGUCCCAGACCAUGGCAUCGUCGAAGUGCCGGAUAAAGUUAUUGGGGCAACAUACAUGUUGAUGGGUCCCGCGCAGGCAUUGACCCAGUCACCACCGGGACGUAUCAUGCACCUAAUAACAGAGAUCACUUCGCUUAAGACGUGUCUGUCUUCCGGCAUCUACGUGAAGCAUGCCAUGUCCCGACCAGACAUGAUGAAAUGCCUCAUAAUUGGGCCGGAGGGUACGCCGUACGAAAACGGUCUUUUCGAGUUUGACCUCUUCUGCCCGCGUGAGUAUCCUCGUGUACCUCCUAAAGUAGCGUUCAGACAGCCUAGAGGCUGUUUUCAAAGCUUCAAUCCGAAUUUACACUUGGAUGGAAAAGUGUGUCUGCCGCUCCUCGGAACGUGGAAAAGCGGUGUCAAGGGCGAGGAAUGGCAACCUGGUGUGUCUACCAUCUUGCAAGUACUCAUCAGUAUCCAAGCCAUGGUCCUCUGCGAUAACCCUGAAUACAACGAGCCGGAAUUCGAGAUGUAUUAUGGACAAGGCAACGCCAGUGGCCCUUCUAAAUUUACACAGGCUGUGCGUAGCCUUACCAUUGGAUACGGCAUCACGCAAUGGGCAGAAAAUCCCCCCACUCUCUGGAAAGAAAUUGUAGAAAACCAUUUGCGCAAGACAGGAGACAAGAUUCUGAGCACGGCAGAGCAAUGGGCCAGGGAGAGCCAUCAAUCAAGCAGAAGGCCACAUGACGCAUCGCUCUUGGUCAUGAGAGAUAUGCGUGGGACUUAUGGUGCUACAGGUGUCGAUACCACACAGCGCCUGCCUCAGCUACAGAAGGCACUGAAGAAUUAUGGUGCCACUCAUGUUAUCCAAGACAUGGAAGACAUAAUUCGUCGAGAGCAGGUAGGUAGCGGCGAAGCUGGAUAUGGAACCCAAGUGCCGCCUUAUGGUCGUGGAAACCGGUUUCAUGGAGCUGGUGGUAUGGGAGAUUAUGGGGGUCAUGGAUUUGGAUUCGGACGCGGAUUCUAA